AUGCAGUCCCAGAAGAUCAUCGUCUCCCAUGCCGCCCGGCUUCUUCAACUUCCCCUUGAGAGUGUGGACCUGGAGUCCAGCUUUGUCAACCUGGGCGGCCAUUCAUUGCUUGCAUUGGGGCUGGCCUCCGCAUGCAAGCGCGACGGCGUUGCCUUGACCAUGGAGUCGAUUCUCUUGAGCAGCAGUAUGGCCGAGCUCGUGGCUUCCGCCGUUAUCGAGGGUCCCGUAACGACCCAUGUGCCUGUCAUCCACCAAUCUGCAACACCCCAGACACAGUCAGCCCUUGCUCAGAAGGAUGUUUCUCGCAGCAAUGGAGCGUCGGCCCUGACCGAAAUGCAAAUGUCAUUCCUGCACAGCCACGAAACGACCCCGGGUUCCAACAUGAUCAACUUCUUUGAGACAUACCAGACGGCCCAUCUUCCAGUUGUCAGUUCUGCUUGGCAGACUGUCAUUCAGACCGAGCCCAUCUUCCGCAUGUCCUUCGAUUCAGAUGCCUGCCAUGAAGCAUCGUCGGCUCCUUUCACAUGGACGGAAACAGUGGUGGACUCCCAAAAAGCGUACGACGCUGCCCUCGCCCGGGACGUUUACCCGGACACCAUUCAGUGCGCCUUUGAGGUUGUGACAUUGCCUUCUGCAGGCAUCAGCACGGUCAUCUGGCGUGUCCACCAUGCCUUUGUCGACGGAAUGUCAGGUCAGCUUGUCUACGGCAAAGUUCGCGAUGUCAUCAACGGUCGUGCUAUCACCGCCGGUGCGCCAUUCAGCGAUGUGGCCAACCGACUCCGUGACUUCCAACAGGAACAUCGCCAGAACCACCAAAAAUUCUGGGCGCAGCAGCGAGAGAAGCACCCGCAGCCUGCUGCGGAACUCGUUCUUCCCCCAGUCCGUGAAGAGAUGCCUGCGGGUAUCGAUAAUGUCACUUUCAAUGUCCCCUUGGAAGAGAUCUCAGUCCGUGCUCGUCAGAUAGGUGUCUCCCUGUCCGCCUGGUAUCAUGCUGCCUGGGCCAUGGCACUCUCUCUGUAUACCGACUCUGACUCUGUUGUGUUUGGCACCGUCCUGUCCGGUCGUAACCUGCCCAUCCCUGGAAUUGAGGAUACUAUUGGCCCACUGAUCAACGUCCUGCCCUUCCAUGUGUCCAUCGACCGCAAAUUAUCGACUGCGGAGUAUCUCCGCGCGGUGUUUGCCCAUUCAGUCCAGUUGGCGUCAGUCCAGAGCUCAGUUCCCGACGACGGGUACACCCGCAACUUUACCUCGGCGCUGGCUAUGGAGUUCGAAAUGGAGGCAUCUGACAGCCAUGCAGUCCGACCCGUACAGCAGUCCUGGUUCCGCGUAGUGCCCGACAUUCCCCUGUCCAUCUACACGACAUACAGUGGCACUCUGCGCCUCUGCUUUCGGCCUCAGCAGUUCCAUCGCGAGGACAUUCAGAUGCUUGCCGACCACUUCCGCCAUGCCCUGAAUCUGCUCCUGUCCGAGCAGACCAUGGAGGGAUGCAUGAAGAACAUCCUGACCGACAACUGCAAGAACACCCUCAUGCAGAUGGGCAACUGUCAGACCGACUCGACGUCCCUGUGCUCCAUUCACGACGACCUCGUCACGCUCUUCGAACGCGCUGUCCGCGAGACUCCCAACGGAAUCGCCGUGGAAAAGGCCGGCAUCCAACUGACUUACGCCGAGAUGGAUCGACAGGCCAGCAUCCUUGCUGAAAACCUGCAGAUCCAGCCCGGCGAGGUCGUCUGCGUCUUGGCCGACCGAUCCAUCAACUGGAUCGUCUCCAUCUAUGGUAUCCUCAAGGCUGGCGGUGUCUACUCGGCCCAGGACCCUGGUCUGCCCGACCACAUCCGCAACACCAACUUCCAGACUGCCGGUGGGAAGCUGUAUUUGACUCCGGUCACCUCCCAGAAGCAUCUUGCCCCCGAGGCCUGCAACCUGUGCUUUUCUGUAGAGGAACUGAUCGCUACUAUCCCUGACGACUUCACGCCUAGCCACCGCUCCGCUCCUCAACCCGAAGACAACGCCUAUCUGUGCUUCACCUCCGGCUCGACUGGCAAGCCCAAGGGAGUGAUGUGCCACCACGCCGGUCUCGUGGCCUUCCAGAAAGAUCUCGAGGUUCGACUCUUCGCCGCCCCCGGCCAGCGCAUCUCGCAGCUCAUGUCGCCUGCCUUUGAUGGCAGUAUCCACGAAAUCUUCUCGGCUCUCUGCUACGGCGCUACCCUGGUGCUGGCCGAUGGCGCUGACACAUUUGCCCAUCUGAAGAAGAGCAACGCCGCCAUCCUGACCCCCUCCGUGGCCAAGAUCCUCCUGCCCGAGCAAUUUCCUGAGCUGCGUACCGUCUACCUGGUCGGUGAACCCGUGCCACAGUACGUCAACGACGUCUGGUCCAGCGCCACCACUCUCUACAACAUGUACGGCCCAACCGAAGCCACCUGCGGUGCCACCAUCCAACGGCUGCUCCCUGGACAGCCCGUCACCAUUGGUGGACCUAAUGCCACUACGCGCAUCUACAUCCUCGGCCAGAACGGGCAGCUUCUCCCUCCCGGGGUGAUCGGCGAGAUCUACUGCGCCGGUGUGCAGGUAGCUAACGGCUAUAUUGGUCGUCCUGAGUUGAACGCGGAGCGGUUCCUCUCCGACAACAUUGUUGCACGCCCAGGCGAGAAGAUGUACCGCACCGGAGACCGCGGCUACUUCAACCGCCUCGGCCAGGUCGAGUGUCUCGGUCGCAACGAUCGUCAGAUCAAGCUGCGUGGUUACCGCACAGACUUGAACGACCUGGAGAUCCGCGUCGCCAAUGCUAUUCCUGAGUCCACCGCCGUCGCUAUCUGCCCCAAGGACGAUUACCUCGUUGCCAUGAUCCAGCCCGAGACGCUCACUGUCACUGAUGUCCGCCAGCGCAUGUCGCAGGUGCUGCCGGUGCACGCCAUGCCCCGUCGCAUCAUGGUCGUGGACAAGUUCCCCAUGACACCGGCCGGCAAGCUCGACUACAAGGAGAUUGCGAACCAGUGCACGGUGGUGGCUCAACCCGCAGCCAAACGCACCCUCUCCAGCAAGACUGAGCACUCCCUUGCCGAACUGUGGAAGGACCUGCUCUCGCUGGGCGCAGACAGCGAAGCCCUCACCCCGGAAUCCAACUUUGUCGAGCUGGGCGGCCACUCGGUCAUGCAGCUGCGUCUUGCCAGCAAGGUCUCCCAGACCUUUGGGGUCAAGGUGCCUGUUCCGCGCAUCAUCCAAGCCGCGAACCUCUCCGAACUGGCUCAGACGGUGGACGGCCUUGUCGCCCAGAUCUCAUCCCCGGAUGUACCGACCAUUAAGCCCCUCGGUCGCAACCGCGUGUCUCCCAUUGAAAGAGAAUGGCUGGAGAAGUACCAGCUUCAGCUCGGCACGUCUGCUUUCAACGUCACUUUUGCCUGCAAGAUCGACAGCACCAAGGUAGAUAGCGAGCAUCUCAUCGCCUGCUGGAACGCUGUUCUCGCCCGCCACGACAUCUUCCGCAGUCGCUCCCACCUCGACUAUCGCGGUAAGGGCCCCCGACGCACCUAUGCUCGCUACUGCCCGCAGGUGAUGCGCGUCCACGGCUUCAACCUCUGGCGCGAAGCCAACAGACCCUUCCACCCUGACCGCCAGCACCCGAUCCGAGUGAUUGUCUCUAAGUCUAUGAUGUUGGUGGCCAUGAGCCAUCUCAUCGCUGACCUCACCACCCUGCAGGUGAUCCUGGGUGAAGUGGUCCGUCUGUACCGUGGUGAUGGCCUCGGCCCCGUGAAGCGGAACUACCAUGAAACAACGCAGUGGAGUUCCCAGGCCACUGCCAACGAGAGCGACUGGUGGGUGCAGUAUCUGGGCAACACCACCAACCAAAGGGACGGCCUAUACAGCAUCCCCAACCUGACCCACCGUUCCAGCUACGGCGGCCAGACGCACCUCGUCCGACUGAACCAGAGUCUCGCCACACAGGCCAUUCAAUACACCGAGACGAACAGCGUCACGUUGCACCAGCUAGCACUGGCCUCUGUGGCGCUAGCCUUGCAAGCUCAUCGCGACGACACGGAUCUCGUCCUGGGUGGACCGUACUUCAACAGAGGACAGGACGAUCUCGACACGGUCGGAUUGUUUCUAGAACCCAUCCCCAUUCGUAUUCAGUUCUCGGCAUCGCGGGACCCGACCGCGGCAUCCACCAAGUCUUUUGUUCGUGCCGUGCAACGGUCCAGCCAGUCGGCCAUUGCGCAUGCCAUUCCAUGGAACCAGCUGCUCGAGGCGGUGGGUGCUGCCGAGAUGGCUGAUUUCCCUAAUCAUCCCUUGUUGGAUGUCAUGGUUACUUUCCAUGAUGAUCGCUCGUCGCCGAAAUUGCCGGUCGAAGGACUCGAUCCGCUGGUUACGUAUACCAAGGGGUCGAAGUUUGCGCUGUUGGUGGAGUUUUGUGCGAUUUCUGAUCGGACUAUUCUGAUGCGGCUGGAGCAUGAUACGGAGUGUAUCCCCAAGGAGAGGAUUCAGGAUGUUGAGAAGUUGAUUUUGGAGGCGCUGGGCAUGAUUGUGUCGGGACAGGGGUAUAGUGCUAUUAAGGAGAGGAUGCGAGGGAUGGUGGGCAGUGCUGAUAGACAGACCCAGAAGACGGAGAGGUACUUUGGCAAGAGACUGACUGAGUUGAGGAGCGAAUAG